AUGGGCAAGUGGUUUACAAGAAAAGCACUUACAGGUGGACCGUUGGAUGAUUACCUAAGAAGUAAAGAAAAUAAAAUGAAAAAAGAAGAGAUGCUGCGAAUGAUCGUAAGCGCUGGUUGGGGUCUAGAAUUCUUGCACUCAAACUAUAUCAUUCACCGAGACAUAAGCGCGAAGAACUGUUUCUAUGAUACGCAAAUGGUAAAACUGAGUGGAUUUGGAUUAGCGCGAAAAACAUUGAACUAUACCAUGAAGUCGAUGAAAAAGCUAGCAGUAAACUGGAUGGCACCAGAAACAUUGAGAGAUUUCCGCUACAGUCAAAAAUCAGAUGUAUACUCAUUUGGGGUAAUAUGGGAGAUGAGAAGCAUGAUUAUACUGGAAGGUAAACUGAACGAUUUUCCACCGGAAACUCCGAAAAAACUGGCAGAUUACGUACUUGACAAAUUGUGGGACAAUUAUGCUAUGGUUAGGGCGUUAUACAGGGUUGAAAUUGCAGAAGGCAGUGCCCGGGGUGGUUAGUA